AGAUAGAGAGGGCGGCGGGGGAGAUGACGUCGGGGACGCGGACGCCGACGUGGAAGGAGCGGGAGAACAACAAGCGGCGGGAGCGGCGGCGGCGGGCGAUCGCGGCGAAGAUCUUCGCCGGCCUCCGGAUGUACGGAAACUACAAGCUCCCCAAGCACUGCGACAACAACGAGGUCCUCAAGGCCCUCUGCAAGGAGGCCGGGUGGACCGUCGAGGACGACGGCACCACCUACCGGAAGGGAUGCAAACCUCUGGAACGUAUGGACAUUAUGGGAGGAUCAACAUCAGCAAGCCCAUGCUCCUCGUACCACCCAAGCCCCUGUGCGUCCUACAACCCUAGUCCUGCUUCAUCUUCCUUCCCGAGCCCUGCCAGAUCACCAUACCCUGGCAAUCCCCAUGGUAAUCCUGACGCGGAUUCUCUCAUUCCGUGGCUGAAGAAUCUUUCAUCAGGCUCAUCCUCAGCCUCUUCGAAGCUACCCCACCAUCUCUUCCUUGCUGGGGGCUCAAUAAGUGCUCCAGUUACUCCUCCAUUGAGCUCUCCAACUUCCCGAACCCCCAGAGCCAAAAACCACUGGGAUCAAGCCACUGCUUCCAUGGCCUGGACUGGACAGCAUAACUCUGUCUUCCCCUCAUCCACUCCGCCGAGCCCUGGCCGUCAGGUCUUACCUGAUUCCGGAUGGCUUGCUGGUAUCCAAAUUCCUCAAAGUGGGCCAUCUUCUCCCACAUUCAGCCUCGUUGCCCGAAAUCCCUUUGGGUUCAAGGAGGAAGCUUUUUCUGGUGGAGGGUCCCGGAUGUGGACUCCUGGGCAGAGUGGGACAUGUUCUCCAGCAAUUGCUGCUGGUGCUGACCUCACAUCAGAUAUUCCCAUGUCGGACAGUAUGGCAACAGAGUUUGCAUUUGGGAGUAACGCAACAGGCUUGGUGAAGCCCUGGGAGGGCGAGAGGAUUCACGAGGAUGCUUCUGAUGAUCUUGAACUCACACUCGGGAAUUCCAGAACCAGGUAGAAUCAUGAGUUAACUGGCUGGUGGGGUAAACAUCAUGCUGCUGAGGUUUGAAUUCCCUCUUGGCCUGAUGAUAUGACAUGGUCAAUGCAGAUAAAAGGCGAGUUCUCUUUGGAUGGGUUGGCAACUUCUGUUUUGUGCAAAUUUCUACUUUUUCACAUGGUUCAAAUCACGGUGUUGCUGUAGUCAUGCGGGCUGGAAUUGCAGUGUUUAGGAGCAGCUGUUUUUCUUCUUUUCUCCUUUUUAUUUCCCUUGGAAAAGGAUAACUGAAAAUUAAGUUAUAAAUAUUUGGCUGGCUUCGCUCCCGAGUCAA